AUGCUAUACUUGACUGGAGUUGCUACACUUUCUGAAAAUAUCAAGAGAUUGUUUCCAAAGGAUACUGAAGAAUCACCUGCAGAAUACACGUUCAGGUUAGUGUGCACCAGUUGCAGAGAAGAACAUGAUGCGCCAGUGAGAAUCAAUCGAUUUGAGUCUCAUGACAUGAAUGGCGGGAGAGGGAAUGCGUCUUUUGUAAUGAGGUGCAAGUUCUGUGGUAACGAUUGCUCGAUUAAUUUGACAAGAACGGCAGAAGAUUUAUACAAUCUGGAUGAGGAAUCAAAUGCUGAAGCCAUUGAGCAGGCUAAAAAGGAUAGAAAGAAAAAGGGUCUACGCUCUGUUCCUGUAGAAAAGGCAGUUUUGCUUGAGCUUGACUGUAGAGGAUGUGAGGCAACUAAAUUUGAGCCUGCUGACACUACAUUUGUUGCUGAAUUAACAUCAAAGAAGCAAAUGGACUUCCAAUUUGAAGACGGAGAGAAUGAAUGGUACGAUUAUGAUGAAGAUGCUGAAGAAGAAGUUAGCGUCGUCGAUAUGACAUUUGAAGUAAUCAAGGGUAAAUAA